AUGCGGUCUUUGAACUUGCCACGUAGGAGCAUUCACUUUUUUUAUUAUAGUUAAAUUGAAGCAGGUGUGUAGGUGAGGAAGCAAUACAAAUUCAAAGCUUCUCUGCUUUUCUCUGUUGAAAAAGAAAAAAAAAAGAGAUGGCAGUUGUGGAGUGUAAACAGGCAACAAUAGAGACCAAAGGUCUGAAAUUCACGUAUCCAGGAAUCGACGGACAUCCGCCGCCUGGGUCGAAGCCUUUGAUUGAUGAUUUCAAUCUCACUCUCAACUCAGGUGACCGAUGCCUUCUUGUUGGAUCCAAUGGCGCUGGAAAAACUACAAUAUUGAAAAUAUUGGGAGGGAAGCACAUGGUGGAGCCUCAUAUGGUUCGUGUGUUAGAAAGGUCUGCUUUUCAUGACACUGUUUUGACCUCUUCUGGUGAUCUCUGCUAUCUUGGAGGAGAGUGGAGACGAGAAGUUGCUUUUGCUGGGUUUGAGGUUCCCAUACAAAUGGAUGUUUCUGCUGAAAAAAUGAUAUUUGGUGUAGCAGGAGUUGAUCCUCAAAGAAGAGAUGAACUCAUCAAGGUAUUAGAUGUUGAUCUGUCAUGGAGGAUGCACAAGGUUUCUGAUGGUCAGAGAAGGCGAGUACAAAUUUGCAUGGGUCUGCUAAAGCCAUUCAAGGUGCUUCUACUUGAUGAGAUAACAGUUGACCUUGAUGUGCUAGCAAGGGCUGACCUUCUGAAGUUCCUAAGGAAAGAAUGUGAAGAAAGGGGUGCCACGAUCAUUUAUGCAACACAUAUAUUUGAUGGUUUAGAGGAGUGGCCUUCACAUAUUGUGUACGUGGCUCAUGGAAAGUUGCAAUUAGCAAUGCCAAUGGCAGAAGUCAAGGAGAUCAGUAACUUGUCACUUAUGAGAACAGUGGAGAGCUGGCUGAGGAAAGAAAGAGAUGAAGAGAGGAAGAGAAGAAAAGAAAGAAAGGCCAGCGGUCUUCCAGAAUUCGAGAAACAAAUGGAUGGAAGUCGAGUCACUGGUGAUCCAGCUCGUGUAGCUGUUCGUGCUCUGAACAAUGGUUGGGCAGCAGGCAGACUUAAUUCCACUGUUGCGGGUGAAGAGAAUUUCUUCCUAAGCUCAAAUAGAGUUUUGAGAUAAUUCUGAUGGAAUAACUGGUUCAAAGAUACCAUUCUUGUACACGUUUUACGCACACUUGCACUUGCAUAUCCUUGAAGUAUAACUGGCAAAUUAGUUCACUAGUCUUUAUAAGGCAAAUAAUGGAAAAUGCAUUUGAAUAGAAUAUCCUGUAUCAUUGCAUUCAUUUAGUGAAACUCAGUACGCAAAAUAUCUAUGAUUUCUUUUAUGUGUGAACUGCAACUAUUUAUGAAGAUUAAUAAAGUUACAAGCAUUAUUUUUA